CUUCUCAACGCCGCACGCAACAAGAUUUCAAGCGGGCCGUCGCGAGUCAUCUGACAUUGACGAACCUGGCAGACGCCCGGGAACCUUCGGAGAUACUGCACGCCCCCCUCCCGUCUCUGUAUCCGCACGAAAUAGCACCCGCGCCCGCGCCCGCGCCCACUUGCUUCGCAACCUUAGUUACUGCGUGCGUACUACCGGGUGGUGUGCCUUAGUCGGUAACUGACUGCUGCUGCUGCUGCUGCUGCUGCUGCCCUGGGGCCCUGCGCCGACCCUUUUCAAACCGCAAACCGACCACACACCUGCACCCGACCGCUGCACAGAUACAGAUAGCGGCUGACGCCGUCAGAUCCCCGACAUCAAUCCAUCUACCCGAUUGUCCAUUUCCCCCUUCCAUCUCUACCAUCCGUCCCCAAACUCCAAACCUCAAGAUCGUCAAACACCGCUGGCAUCACGACAUCGCCACAUUUUCGACUUGCAUUCCCAACCUUCAUUCCCACACGACCACACAUCGCACCGAACGCCCCCCUCCCCUUGAGAACCCAGCAAUGUCGCCUCGGAACUUCCACCUGCGAUGACCUCUCGGCCCCCAAUGGUCGUCCAGCCGCGGCCGCCCCAGCAGCAGCGAACUCUGAGCAGCUCGGGCUUGUCGGUCCAACGGCCAACUCACCAACGCACCCUGUCCGCCCAGUACCUGCCUCAGUCGCCCGUUCGAAAGGAGAACCUGAUCGACCUGACGGGCGACGCCAACGAUGCCGCCGUUGCCCAGAACAGAUAUGGCACCCUGCCGCGGAGGGGAGGCUCUCGCCUCAAGCUCGAGCUAUCCAACGAAGCCAUGCUCGCUCAGCACCCCGUCACCGACUCCCCACAAAUCCUUACGCCCUCCCGCCUUUUGCCCAAGAACGAGUCCUCCAACCUCACCGACAUGAGCUCGCCGGCCUCGGCCAAGGGCCAUGGCGUCGACGCAGAUAACCCGCCGAUGCCGAUGCCCAAACGCCGUCCGCGAUUCGUCGUCCCCGCCGCCGUCAAAGACACCCCGACGCCCGCUCUUGCAAUCAAGAAGGACGGCCGCCCGAAGCCCUGGCACUUCGAAACCCCGCCUGCCGCUCCUCGAUACGCCCCCUUCGGCAAGCCGCGGACCGACGCGACAACCAAAUCGGCCUUCGGCGCUCCCACGCGCGAGACUUCGGAACUCGGCCAUGCCGACUUCUUCCCCUGGAACGGAAACCACCCCGAAGACCAAUACUCCGAGACUGUUAUCAAAACUGGCUACUAUGACAAACCCCCAGCCUCCUCCGCGACCGAGACUUCGUCCGCCAAGGCUGCGCUGUUCCCCGCCCUGAAGCACAAGAGCGGGCUCAACUUGCUGUCCAACAUCUUCGUCGGCGUCCUGAACCAAAGGAAGCUAAAUGGCCAGAUCUCGUCGCCCUCGACCUUCAAACCGCCGCCCCGCGUCACCCUCACCGACACCAAGCGAGAAAUGUGGCUGAGGGACUUGGCGAACCCCUCCAUCUCUUUGCGCCGACUCAGCCGAACCAUCCCUCACGGCAUCCGUGGCAAGGUCUUGUUGGAUCACUGCCUCAACAAGAACGUCCCGACCGAAAGGGCUGUCUGGCUGGUCAAGUGUGUUGGAGCCAACGAGAUUCGAGCCUUCAAGCGGAAGGGAAACGGCCCUGGCCCCUUUGUGCUCGGCGGCGAGGCCAAGUGGCUGAGAGACUGGACUGUCUUCGUUGAGCAGUUCCUCGAGGGUGUUUCGACAGCCUUUGGCGACAACGACUGGAAAGCCAAGGUGCAAUACGCCAUCCGGCUGGCUACCCAUCUCUACGCCGAACAACUACUCGAUCGCGACCACUACAUGGACUGGCUUGUCUCAGGGCUCGAGAACUCGACGCAGUCGAAGCUGCCCAUGUGGAUACUCAUUACCCAGAUCUACUGGAAAGACUUGCUUCGCUUGAGGAGAUAUGGCCGACGAUUGGUGAACGCCUUGCUCAGCCACCUCUAUACGAUACACAACGACCCUGACCGCGAUAUCCUCGUUCAGCUCUCGACGAGACUUACCUCCUUGCUCUCUCCCCUGUUGUCGGCGCAUCCCGACAACUUCGUGUCCCCUGCAACUUGGUUCAAGUACAGGGACGCCCUAUUAGCAUCUAUCCCGAUCGAUCACGAGUUCGCGCAGAGUGCAUUCAGAUCAAUCAAUACCAGAAACGAGCAGCUCGUGGCUUCGGCCAGCAAUUCGCAGCCAGCGAACCGGCAAAUACUUGUCAAGCAUCUCGACACUAGCUUCACAUCGCUAUACAACCCCGACUUAGUUGCCCAGUGCUGGGCUGUUAGCGAGGACAAGGGCAUGAUUGUGCGCACCUUACUGGAAUGGUGUACCUCGCCGCACCGGCCAGGGGCUUCGAAGGUCUACAUCACUGCCAGCCUUCUCCGGGCUUGGGCGGCAGCCGGAGUCGACGUGACGGCAGCCGUCCUCGAGUUUCUCGGCAACAACCCGCCGACGGAGCGAAAUUCGAAACGGGUGUUUCACAGACUCAUGUCGGAAAUCGUACGCACCGGGGAUUUUCAACUUCAGGGCUAUAUUUUCUGGCUCAUUGCUAGAGGCGGUCUCCGCAAGCAGACCGAUACCGAGGCCGACGGUUCCUGCGCGACGAGGCUGCUGGUAGAUCUUCCCCUCCACGCACUGAACCCAUCUUCCCAGGCGACCAGAGCGAGCCUUCUUCGACGUGCGAGCUACGAUGUCAACGACGAGGUCGAGGACAUCAACACAGCCCUGAAGUGCAUUCACCAUGCUCUAGGACUGCCUCUCCCGCUGGGAGACCCGAUGCUGCAACGGAAGCCCGUUCCGGUGGGUAAACUUUGUAGGUUGAUAUCCACUAGCAGCCGAGCCCUUCAGACCGAGGUUGGAGCUAGGCUUUUGCAAAUUUUCACGGCCGAGAUCAUCACGACCAAGAACGGACCGCAGGUCUCCCCGGCCAUGUUCAACUUCGCACGCGCCGUUCUCGAAGCCGCGUCAGACUUUUCUGUUCUGGCCGAGAUCAUCAAAACGGUGGCGCGCGCUUCGAACCCCGAGAUCUUAGCGUCUUGCGCCGAUACUCUGAACGUGCACCUGCCUGUCUUCGCUGCGUUGGGCGUGGCAAAGGAAGUGUUCGAUUUCUUGAUGGAAAGGCUGAAGACGGUCAGCGAGGAACAAGGUCCUGCUGCGCGACCCUUGUUGGCAUCCCUCGCGAACCUGGCCGCUCGGCUACCUGGGUUCACGAACACGGCCAGCUAUCUCCGCCAGCAGCUCCACCAGUGUGACCGCAACAACCCGAUCGACGCCUGUUCGCCGGUAUCCGACAACAUGACGGCGCAGCUGCAGGACGCGGAGGGCGAGCUACACGAAGAGAUCGAGAAGCUUCUGGCGAGCGGAACUAGCGUGGAUCGGCCGACGAUGGAUCGUCUGUUCCAGACUGUGGUGGGUCGGUUGGAGUCUUGCUGGUCCAAAUCGCCUGACCGGCAGCGUGCUUACAGCGCACUCCUUGGACGACUGCGCAUUUUCGACACGCAACACUUCGAUGUGCGCAUGACCGACUGGGUUCACCACAUCAGCACGCUGAAGGCUCGUCCUGCUCUGGUGGAUAUCUAUCCGCUGCUGAUCAGCAUGGGCUGCUUGACCCUGCCCAUCAUCCUCACGACGACAUCGGUCGACGCCGGCAGGAUAGCGCCCGGCUUAUCCGGACCGUUCAACAGCACUACCACCCACACGCAGGAGGUUCUCUACCUUGCGACGAUGCCUCUUGCGGCCAAGACCGCCCUGACCCCCGAAGAGACGUAUCGGUUCUAUAUCCAGCAGCAGGUGGUGCCGCGCCAAAGCCACAAGGACAUGGUGGUCCUUAUCAGGAACGCACUGGUCGAAUACUCGAGGCUUCAGGGAAUCGCCGAUCCUGCGCUGCUGCCACUUGCGAAUCCGGGCUUCAGAGACUCCGUUCUGGAGCUGCUCAAGCUUUUGGUUCUGCGUGAUGCUCCUUCAGUCGUCCAGGGGCUCAGCACCAAGACGUCCGAGCCGGCGUUGACGACUCUGUUUGCCCAGAUAACUACCAAGCUCCUGCUGCCCGACGCCAGCGACGAGUCGCCGCUCACUUUCGAAACCGUCCUGGAACUCGCCAACGAGUUCACUCUCCCCUUUUGCCAGCUCAAGCUGUCAGUCGGCCUCUCGGCGGACAGCACGACGAGCCCGGGAGGAGGCGAGCAGGCCCUGACGCAGUUUGACAUGUUUUCGCGGGCAAUGGAUCGCGCCGUGUCGGCCAACAACGUCAUGUGGACGAGCAUGCUGCCCUACUUGAGCGAGGAGAUCACGGAACAUCUCAAGAAGCAGGCCCAUCUACGGUUUCUCGGGCUGUUCCCAUCGCAGAAGAACCCCCCCGCUUCAGAUCCCCUUUCUCAGGAAAGCGUUCAGCUCGCAGGGAGCCUGCUGUCGGUUGUCGAAGCCAUUCUGCGGGGUCGACCGGCGGUUCGAACCUCCCAGCUGACUUCCGGCAUGGUCGAAAAGUUGGCGGAGCUUUGGGAGAUCCUGGCGGCCGGAGGCGAUGACAAGAGAGAUCUACGGGCGUCGAUACUGCGGUAUUGGCUGCCGGCAUUGUUAAAGUUCAUCACGCUCCACACGACCGCAAACGAUCCUUUGUGCGCGCCGGUUCAGGCUCAGGCCGCCAACAACAUGAAGCCGCCGGCCAAUGCUACUGCGUAUGAGAUUCGGGCAAGGAUCCUGAUCAUUCUGUCCGGUCUCACCCUCGAGCUCGACAGCCUGGCGCUCCAAGACCCACAGACAGGCCGACUCCUGAGCCAGCAGGUAUUCGACCUGGCUCUGAUGCUGAUUGACACCCUGCCGGAAGACGCGCGCCUGCAGUGCGUGCGUGUCCUUCUCACAGGCGGCACGAUACAAAACCCAGCAUCGUCUGAUGCACGCCUUCGGUACCUGUUCAGCUAUAUGCCUGCGCAGACCGAGCAAUUCGUGCUCGCUCACCGACAGCAGCCGACGACGACACAGCAAAACGGGCCACCGAGGCCGAAAAUCCCGAUCUCGAUGCAGGGCACCGACAGACUCACACCAUUCGUCUACCGCAAGUGGGAGAUGCUUAGCGAGCCGACCCCUAACGUUGGCGAGAACGAUACGGCGCUCAGCCUCACACUGUUUGAGGCUAUCAAGAUUCAGUAAACAAGUUGGAGGAGAUUAGUAGGAAGGGGUACACACAAACAUUACACACACAACACACCACCCGCACACACACACAAACAAACGAUUUUUGGUUUAUUUCAUUACAGUCACUGCAUAACAUCGGAAGAAAGGAGGAAGUGUUUCAUUUUUAGAUACCAUUAACUGGUUCAGAAUCGGAGGGGUAGGGUAGUAGGAUAGAAUCAUGCGAAGGAGGGGGAGGCUCAAGGAGAGAAGGCUCCAUUAUACUUUGAUACCAGGAUGGGCGGAGGCAAAGCACAAGUUGGCGUCGGCUGGCUUUGAACAGCGCAAGAGGUGGAGGGAGGAUUGUGACCGUGAAACAGCU